AUGAAUACCCAACGAGAAGGAGCUUCAACUACUCGUCCACCUCUCCUAAUCGGCUCCAACUACUCAUACUGGAAAUCAAAAAUGAAGAUGUUUAUCAAAUCCAUAGAUGAGAGAGCAUGGCGCGCCAUCAUAACUGGUUGGACACCUCCCAUGAUCAAAGGAGAAGAUAAAGUGGAAGUAUUCAAACCAGAAGCAGAUUGGAGUGAUGGAGAGAUACUACUCGCAAACUACAACUCAAGGGCCCUAAACGCGAUCUUUAGUGGUGUUGAUGAUAAUCAAUUUAAACUAAUAGCUUCGUGUGAAUCUGCAAAAAGAGCUUGGGAAAUCCUUCAAGUCACAUACGAAGGAACGUCAACUGUAAGGACAUCCAAGUUACAGAUGUUGGCCACCAAAUUCGAAAAUUUGAAGAUGGAGGAGAAUGAGACGAUCACUGACUUCCAUGCUAAACUAUGUGAUAUCUCCAAUGAAUCAUACGCGCUCGGUGAACCCUACUCGGAAAGCAAACUAGUGAGAAAAGCGAUGCGCUCAUUACCUGAAAGAUUUGCUUACCGAAUUGCUGCCAUUGAAGAAGUCAGGGAUGUUGACACGCUCAAACUAGACGAACUCAUGGGAAAACUUCUAGCACAAGAACUCAAUCAUGGUGAAAAUCAUCGUGAAAAGCCUAGAGAAAAGAAGAUAGCCUUUCAAGCAGAAACUUCAUAUGCAACACCCCAAAAUUCAUCAACUCAAGAAGAUGAGCAGACGGUAGAAGAAUCCUUGGCACUACUAUCGAAAAACUUUGGGAAAUUUCUCAAAAAAAUCGGUAAAAGGGGAAACCUUCCCAACACAGGGAAACCCGUGAACUUGCAAAACUCUAGGAGAAAUUCAAAUCAAGAUAACUCAGAGGAGUCAAAACCGAGAAGAAUACAGUGCCGAGAAUGCGAAGGCUUUGGUCACAUUCAAUCAGAAUGCGCAAACACCCUGAAGAAAAAGAAAAGAAUGUCACUUACUACUGUUUGGAGCGAUGAAGAAGAAUCUGAUGAUGACCAAGGAAACAACGAUCAAGUCACUAACUUUGUGGCAUUCAGCAGCAAAGUUCCUCUGGACAGCUCAGAAUCAACUGUUGCAACAGUCUGUAAAACAGAAUCCAGGUAUGAAAAUGUGUGUUCUGAUUAUGACAAAAAUCUAAACGAAAAUUCUUCUUUUGCAGAGGAUCCGAACAACAGCAGUGAUGAGGAAGAACCAACCUUGGAUGAAGUAAAGGAGGUAUAUGAAAAAAUGUACCAAAAAUGGCUCGACGUUGUUAAGGUAAAUAACUUCCUGGAAAAGGAGAAGCUUGUACUUAUAGAGGGAAACAAGACACUAAAGGUAAGAAUCUCUACUCUUGAGGAGAGGGUCAUAUCUAGUGAUCAAGAGAAAAAUUGUUUACAGGCUAAAAUUACUCAAACUCAAGAAGCAAUUGCAAAAUUGAACAUUGGUAGAGGUAAUCUAGAUGAAAUCUUAAACAACAAUAAGCCAAACUAUAAUCGUCUAGGCAUAGGAGGAAGUCAGCUACCCAAAGUUGAUCUAAAGCGAAAGGAAGAUCAAAACAGAAAAAUCAACUUUGUUAAACAAGCUUCUGUCGCACAAACAGUUGCAUUUGUUGAAGCAACGAAGCACCAUUCAAAGAAAAGGUUUAUUCCCACCUGUUUUUUCUGCCAAAAUCCAGGUCACAUACGCCCUAGAUGUUUCAAAUAUUUAAAACUUGUGAAAAAACUAGUGGCUCGUUCUCUGUACUCUGCUAGGGCUGAGUUUCUGAAAAUCUACCAACAAAUCACCGGUGGAGCUGUUACCUUUGGAAACGGGAAAAAGGGUGAAGUGCUAGGGAAAGGAUCGCUAAAUCAUGAGAAUCUGCCAAAGCUGAAGAAUGUACUACUUGUAGAAGGACUCACGUCAAAUCUGAUAAGCAUCAGCCAGUUAUGUGAUCAAGAUCUUGAAGUCAGAUUCAACAAAUUCGCGUGUCGAGUCUUAGACAAAGACGAGAAUUGUGUCAUUCAAGGAACCCGAUCAUCAGACAACUGCUAUAUUCUUGUAUCUGCUGGUAUGAACUGUUUCAACAGUUUGUCAGACUCUACAGUGCUAUGGCACAAAAGGUUAGGACAUCUGAACUUUGAUAAUCUCGUAAAAAUUUCCAGCAGCGAGUAUGUUAGAGGUCUGCCCAAACUCACUAAAGAAGUAGGAAGAAUAUGUGGUGAUUGCAAAAUGGGUAAACAAAUCAAAAAUUCACACAGGGCUUUAGCUAAUGUGAGAACCAGUAGAAACCUAGAACUUCUACACAUGGACCUUAUGGGACCAAUGCAAGUAGAAAGUAUAGGUGGAAAACGGUACAUAUUCGUGUGUGUAGAUGAUUUUUCCAGAUUUACUUGGGUAGAAUUUAUUAGGGAAAAAUCUGAUUCUUUUGAUGUGUUUAAAAAACUGUGCAAAAAG